UGUGGGUGUUUCGCUUGUUUUGUGUGUGUGAAUGCAUGUAAACAAUUUCGAAGUGCGCCUUGAUUUUGAAAUAUGUAUUUUCGUCAGGGUAUUCAUAGAACGUGAUUAAGUGGGCCUAAUCAGAGUAAAGUUAGUUUUGCAGCUCUGACAACCAUUGUUUGAAGCCUGCAGAUGCAGAAUGAAAAGAUAUCCUUGCAUGGGAAGCCUCAUCAUCCUUGCUUCCUGGAACGUGGAAAAUGAAAGAUGUGUUUGAAUGGGCUGAUGUAUCGUUAUCAUCUGCAUUUCUCACAAGUGUCAGACUUUCUGGUAGUAAGACACAGAAAGAUGUGGUUGCAGAGUUGGCUGCAGCAGCUGGUGUUUACAUACAGUGGGACUCCAGUGAGAAACCAAAAUUGUCUGGCACAUGGGUGAAUAUUUUAAAAGCACAAGUCAUUUUCACUCGUUAUUUAUCAGAGACAACCAAUCAUGCUCUUGAACUAAGUCAGUGCACUAGUGAAGAUUCAUCAGUAUUGACUGUUAAUUGUAAUCAAAGAAAAGAAGUAGCACAUGUACCACAGAAACAUGAUUUACAAAAUUUGCAGAUAAGUUCUACACAUGACAGAAAAAAUUUAUCUCAAGAAAACCAUUCAGAACGAAAUGAAGUUUAUGUUAAUAUAACAGUUAGCUCUUCAGCUUUUGCUGAUGUACUAACACAGAAGAAGAACGUGAAUUUACGAGAAAGUUCCAAGGCAAACCAUGUACAUUUGGCAUCAAGGGUGCAGUCAUCUGAAGCUAAGGUUACACCUCAACCAAAUGGAGUCAGUGAUGUCGGGAAACACAUUAAAAAAGUGCAAUGUGAUUACAAUGGCAAGAAUAAGAUAGAAAAUUUUUUACAUUUUGUUGUACGUGAAAAAACUCAUACAGCAGCUUCAGCUGUAAAAUUAGAAACAGAUGUUCCAUCAGCAGAAGGUAAUGCUUUUGUAUGUGAUCAUAGUUCUCCAGACACAGAUCAUUCCACCUCCAAAACUAAUCAUAAAAAUGACCUUGCUUAUGAGAACACUGUUCAGUCCCAACAUUCUGAGAAUACUUCAGAUACAGAAAAAACUGCUGAGGAACGCCGUUGCAUGGUGCCUAAUGAUUUUAAAGUACAAAAUAAAAGACAAACUUCUCACUCUCAAACCACUAAGAAAAUUCCUAAAAAUUCUUCUCCGUCACAAGCUCCAGUCAGUAUUUCUGCUGAGAAUGAAAGAAAUGCACAAUUCAGCAUGCCCCAGAAGGGAAGUGUAGCAGAUGCUGUAGUUUGCUUCCCUGUAGAAAUUAAAGGUUCUAAUGUGGAUACUUUCCAAGGAGAUAAAAAUGCCACAGAAAUAUCACAAGGAAAGGAAGCUUCAAAAGAUACAAACAAGAAAGUGAGAAGAAAAAAUUAUGAAGAACUGGCACCAUUUAAAUUCUUCUGUUCCCAGUGUUCAUUCAAAUCAAAGCGUGAAAGUCAUUAUCAACGCCAUAAGCAGCUGCAUGAGCAGGUUUCAAACAUUUAUCAGUGUGAAAAAUGCAGCUUCAAAACCAUUCGUUUAGGAAACUUACGCCGUCAUGAACUUACUCACAGUGAGUCAGAACUGUCGUGUGAUUUGUGCACUUAUCGAACACUCCAUCAUAAACUUCUGAUAAGACAUCAAAGGAACAAACAUAUCAAUAAGCUGCAAGAAUCAGAAGAAAAAGAGAUAAUGAAAUGCUCACAGUGCAGUUACAGCACUACCAGACCAUAUCUCUUGGAAAGACAUUCGAAGGUGCACAGUUCAGAUUUUUCGAAGAAUCAACUUGUUUAUGAAUGCUCAGAGUGUCCUUACAAAGCUAGUCGAAAAGAACAUUUGGAUCGACAUACUAGUAAUGUCCAUGGCUGCCAUCGUCCUUUCCUGUGUCAUCAUUGUGGUAAAGCAUUUAAAAGGCCGGAUGCAUUGAAGCAACAUUCAGCGGUGCAUCUGAAUCAUCCUCCUUUCACAUGUCCUACAUGUGAUAAAGGAUGUCGAUCUCGAGCACAUCUCAAACAACAUUUGUCUGUGCACUCAGCUCGAAGACUGUUUCUGUGUGAGCUCUGUGGAGCUUCGUUCAAGACUCGUGCUGUUCAGCGAAAACAUAUUCUCACGACAUCAUCAUCCAAAAGCUUAUUCAUGCAUGAAUUGUUCCCGAAGGUUCAACACAAAGUAUGCAUUAAGACGCCACAUGAAACAACAUUUGGAGAGAAAGCAUAAAUCAGGUGGAACAUCUUUGGAAAUAAAUGCACGAACUACUCCUAAGUGUGAAAAAACUGGCCCCACAGUGCAUUUAAUUCAGCACGAAGUCACAACUACUGAGAAAAACAUUGUGAAACAACCUUUUGGAAAUACAGCAGUGAUAAUAAAUAAUCCUAGCACUGGACAGACUGAAGGUGAAAAGGUGGCAGUGCACCUGCGGAACCAUGGUUCAGAAAGUGUGCAAAUCAUUCCCGCACAUGCAUUCAUUCAACAAACCAAUGAGACAGCAACAGCUUUAUUAUAUUUGACAGGAAGCUUUUCAUCAUACUAAAAUCAAAGCACUGUGGUGUACAUUUUCAAGUGGUAUAAAUUUAAAUUUUCGUCACUUUAGAAAGGAGACAGCAGAUUCUGUUAAACUUUAUGGUACAUACAAUCAGGCAUUUUAAAUGUACCAAAAGAAAUUUGUCUGAUCUGUGGUACAAUUUUAAGAAAGCUAUGUUAGUCCAAUGAACUUUAUUUUCUUUGCUCAGAACUAAGUGAAGUGAUGAUGUAUACAUGUAGUUUACGAAUAGUUAUUUAUUAAACUUUACAUAUUUGA